AUUGGUCGGUCCAGGUUUGUUGGUCUAUUCAAGAAUUCACACACCGGAUCAUUUAGCCUCGCACGGUUGCAAUUCUCCCCAGAAGUUCCCUUUCCGUAUCAUCUCUUGUCUUCGCGGGGCAUCCAAUGAAAUUCGGCAUAAAGCUUCAGGAGGAGUUGUACAAGGAGUGGGAACCAUACUAUCUCGAAUAUGGGCGCUUGAAAUCGCUAUUGAAGAGCAAGGACCGGGUCUGGACGGUUGGAAAUGAGAGGCAGUUCAAGAAUGCCUUGGAGAAAGAGCUGGAGAAGAUCGCGGACUUCCAGGACAGCAAGAUCCCCGAGCUGGAAAGGCGGGUUGCCCUUGCCGACGAUGCAGUGACCAGUCUGGUUACUGAAUACCACGAACGCGAAGAAAGAGGCAGUGAGGAGGGCAGCGGACAUCAUAUAGACGCCGCCGACGAUGGAGGGUCAGAUGAUGAGGACUGGGACGAUACCGACAACCGUGACGCGUUGGAAGAUCGCUUCGCCGAACUCGAAAUUGAGGUUGCAUACCUUGUGGCUGACAUCCAUGAUCUGGCAGUCUUCAGCAAACUCAACCUGGCCGGUUUUUACAAGAUCAUCAAGAAACAUGAUAAACGGACGGGAAUGGACUUGAAGACUAAUUUCUUACCCCAGCUUCUCGCUCGUCGCCCUUUCUACAAGUAUGACUGGGAGACGCUCAUCGUCAAGCUUUCGAAGAUCUAUGACCUUGUUCAGACCCGUGGUCAUCCGGUGCAGGGCGAUCCAAGUGCAGGUGGCUCUCAGAGCGCUUUCGAACGCCAAACCACCAAGUACUGGGUCCAUGAAGACUACCUUGUGCCGGUCAAGCUUGCUAUUAUGCGUCAUCUUCCUGUUUUGGUAUUCGACCCGAAGAAGCAAUUCAAGCUUGAAGAUACCGCCAUCACGUCCAUCUAUUAUGACAACGAGGAUCUUGAGCUUUACCUCGGUCGGCUAGAGAAGACAGAGGGAGCUCAGGCUAUCCGUCUUCGCUGGUACGGCGGCAUGGAGAAUAAGCAGAUCUUUGUGGAGCGCAAGACUCACCGUGAAGAUUGGACUGGUGAAAAAUCCGUCAAAGCCCGUGUUCCAAUCAAGGAGGACAAGGUGAAUGCUUACAUGCGUGGCGAGUACACGAUGGACGCCGAAUUCCAAGCCCUGGUAGAGAAAGGAAAGAAAACUCAGGAGGAGGUCGAUGCCAUGAAGCUUCUUGCCUCGGAAGUGCAGGAGGCUGUUCGCGACAAGCACUUGCAGCCUGUUAUGCGCUCCUUCUACCACCGCACUGCCUUCCAGCUUCCUGGCGACGCUCGUGUUCGCAUAUCCCUUGAUACUGAGCUGAGCAUGAUCCGAGAGGACAAUUGGGACGGCAAAUCUCGUGCCGGUGAUAACUGGCGUCGGACAGACAUGGGCAUUGACUGGCCGUUCAACCAGGUGGCCAAAGAAGACAUUGAGCGAUUCCCCUAUGGUGUCCUGGAGGUGAAGCUCCAGACUCAGGUAGGGCAAGAACCACCGCAGUGGGUGAGGGACCUUGUAGGCAGUGAGAUGGUGGAGAGUGUGCCAAAGUUCAGUAAAUUCAUCCACGGCUGUGCCACGCUGUUGCCCAACCGGGUGGAUCUUGUCCCCUACUGGUUGCCUCAGAUGGGUGUGAAGAUCAACGAAAAGCCUCGUACUCGCCGAGCGACCACGCUUCGCUUCGAUCGGCCACACGUCCCGCCUGGCUCUCGCAGUGAGACGACUUCAGGUACAACACCGGAUGUGGAAAAUCCACCCGAGGUGCCAUUCCAUCAUGCCGAGCCCGUGUCUUCUGGCGAGGAAGAUGAGGAUAUGGAUCUCGCCAUUGCCAGCGAUGAAGCGAAAGUAAGUGGUGUGCCAUCAGCUUCGGCUAAUGAAGCGCUCGCCUUCCGUGCGGCAAAUGCGGGACCUGCGGCUGCAGCUCCGAAGACCCCUGGAAAAGGAAAAGCCGCUCCAGGUACCAUCCCUGAAGACCAGGAGGUGAUGGAUGUCUUCACACCCUAUCUCCGCCAGCGCCGCAACAGCACCACCCGGCCAAGUUCUCGUGAGGCUAACGGUGAGCGGCGCCGAACCGGUGCCACACCUGGCAACGGCUUCGGGAUCACGCCGCUCAAGACAGCCGAUGCGUUUGACAAAAACUUCCAGGCUCGUCUGCAUGAGGUUCUGUCAAAUGCCAAAAACGAGGCGGCACGCAGGACUACUGAAACGCAUGUCCGGCAUGCGGCCCGAGAUGAAGAUGAGGAUGAUGAGGAUGCAGAUGAUGAGCGGGAGGGAGGACCGGCAAGCAAGGUACCCCAAAACUACGGCACCACGUACGUCACAGACAUUCGUGCACCACCGGGUCAUAAGAUUGCUAUCCCUGUGCGAGUGGAACCCAAGGUAUACUUUGCCAACGAGCGCACGUUCCUGAAAUGGCAGGGUUUCGCGAUCCUAAUCUCCGCGAUUGCGACCGCCCUGCUCAACUUUGUACCCGCCGAUGACAUUACUGGGAUCAUCAGUGCGGGUGCGUUUACUGCCGCAGCACUGACAGCGAUCGCAUAUUCAGCGCUUUUGUACGUGUGGCGUUCUAUCAAGCUUCAGAGAGGGGAGGCCUCGAGCGUAUAUUAUGACAAGUAUGGGCCGACGGUUCUUUGCUGCGUGCUUCUCGCCGCUACCCUGAUGAACAUCGGGCUUCGCCUACGUGAGUUCUUGUAGAUAUGUAACAUCGACUCAACAGACAGACACGCAACGGAGAGGCAAAUAGUUUGUUUUGACAAAAAAUGCAAUUGAGAGCCGUUGUUGCUGUAGCUAUUACUAAAAUCCAAAAAAAUGCGCUUGAUUGAUUAGUGGAAAUUGAUGCUGGUUGCAUAUGCGUAAUGUAAGAGGAAGAUAGAUGUUGCAAUCGCCUUCCUACGAGUACAUGAUUGUGUAAGAAAAAAGUUGAGAGCAAGAGACUCUAGGUUUGCAGACGUUAAAUUUGCCCUUGCCAUGCUGUUAGUUAGUUGGAUCCCAGUGUGGACCCUUCCACAGAAGUGUGUUGGUGAUGAGAGAAUAAAACAAAAGUUGCUUGCAUAGUCGUCUGCCUGUGUACCGUCCGUUCGGAUGCCCUGCGCCAUGAUGGAUGUAGUAGUUGGUCGGCCCAACGAUGGUGGGUCCGGGUCGAUCACCGUUUAGGAGCGAUAGAGCAGAGGGAGAGUGCCUGCCCGAGCUCGCUCUUCCAUUGAACGCGCUUGUAUGCUUCGGGGAGGUCGACCCACUCGCGUAGCCUUUCAUGGCCUUCGAGCCACUGGUCGUCGACAGUCGACACGUCCAUUUCGUACACAUGGAAAAUCGUCUGGUCGCUCGGGAAUGUAGCGACGAAGCGGCUGAUGAUGCCUCGUACUCCGGCUUCUUCGAGCGCCUCACGCGCUGCUGCCUGCUCUAGAGUCUCUCCGUUCUCCCAACCUCCUUUGGGCAAGACCCACUGGUCACGUCUCUUACGACUCGUGAUAACCAUUAUCUUUCCUGAAGGGCGGUGGAUGGGGAUGGCGCAACAGACGAUGCGCGGACGGACUGCGUCUGCGCGACCCAUGAUGUUGAUGUGUUCGUGUGUUCGUGUGAGCAAGUGAGGCCUUGCUGUCGCGUCUCGUGUUUGAUGAAGGGCGAGCUGCCCCAGCUGGGUGAGUCGAGGAGAAAAAAGGAGGGAAGGGCGGGGCGGACUCGGGCCGGUAGGUGAGCGGUUCUUCCUUGCCUGUAUAUGGGGACAGGGGAGGGAGAGUACAAGUGGUUAACCCUCUCGCUCGUGCGCUUCGGUCGGGUUCUGUCGUGUGAGGUCCGGGAUGGGGUUCUGUCCUGCUAAAUCGGGGUGGGAGGACGAUCGUGGGUGUUCGGCCGGCCGAUUGGGUCGGGAGUUGAGCGGUGUAAAGGUGGUGUGUGUGAGAGAGGGAGAGAAAAGGGAAGGGAAAGGGUGAGGGAAAGGAAGGGGGAGGAGAAGGAGAUUGUCAAAUUUGAUGGGAGGGAGAGGAAGCAAGGUACCGGUGAGAGGAGGGGGAGACACGGGCAGGAGCGGGAGAGCAAACUGAGAGGCAAAAGAGCAACUAACUUGGUAUGGAGUGGGCACACGACCCCCGCCUCCCAAUUGCCCUCUCAGACCUUUUUUACCCUGCAACUCACAUCAGCCCGAUUGCCAAACCCAUAUCCCUUUUUCUCCCUUUUCUCUCAAAUCAGAGCAACAGCCGGGACAUUUUGAUCGAAUAAUUCCAUGCCGAGCGUCCCUGCUUGUAAA